UGCCAGUCCCCUCCUCCUUCCUCCCGUCCUGCCCAGUAUUCCCGCCGGUGCGACGCCUGCGCUUUCGUCUUCGGUCGCUGCUGUCCGCUCUGCUUUGCUUUCUAUUUAAUCUUUAUUCUGCGCUGCCUUCACGAACGGCCUACACUAUCCCUACGAAUCUAACGAACUGUCAUGGGUGCUUUAUGCUGUCGUCCUCAGCCGAUAGACUUUGACGCAGAUGUCAACCUCUUCCACUUUGUCCUUCUCCGGUGUGUAGGCAAGGGUGCGUUUGGGAAGGUGCGGGUGGUGCAGCACAAGCAGACGCGGGACCUUUACGCCCUCAAGUACAUUAACAAGGCAAAAUGUGUGAAGAUGAAGGCUGUAGCGAAUAUCAUCCAAGAGCGGCGAUUGCUGGAAGAGAUCGACCACCCAUUCGUCGUAAACUUGCGAUACGCCUUCCAAGAUGACGAGAAUUGCUUCUUCGUGUUGGAUCUUAUGCUCGGCGGGGACCUGCGUUUCCACCUGGAAAGACUAGGCUCUCUGGGAGAGGAGACAGUCAGGUUCUACGUCGCCGAGAUAUCGUCCGCCUUAUCUUUCCUUCAUGAAAAUCGUAUAAUUCAUCGUGACCUCAAGCCCGAUAAUAUCCUACUAGACGAGCGGGGCCAUGCGCAUAUCACUGACUUCAAUAUCGCCGUGCAUUACUCCGAGCGUCGAAUGCUCACUGGCGUGGCCGGCUCUAUGGCGUACAUGGCACCGGAGAUUCUGGCUAAGCGUGGAUACACUUACACCAUUGACUGGUGGUCCCUCGGUGUCUGCGCAUACGAGCUCAUAUUCGGUCGUCGGCCUUUCCGAGGAAAGACAAACAGCGACCUCACGCACAGUAUCUCUAAGGAUCCACUACGCUUCCCCGAGGAUGCAGAGUCGCGGUGUAGUAGAGCAGGUCUACAAGCUCUCAAAGGCCUUUUGACUCGAGAUCCUGCACAACGGUUAGGAUGCAAACCUCAUGGGGAAGGCUUUGAGGAGUUGCGGCGGCAUCCAUGGUUCCGGAACAUCGACUGGGAGACGUUGGAAAGCAAACAGGCAACGCCACCCUUUGUUCCUGAUUCGAAGAAGGCGAAUUUCGAUGCAUCGCAUGAAUUGGAGGAACUUCUACUCGAGGACAAUCCUCUGAAGGCGAAGCAACGGAAAGCAAACCAGGAUAACCUGACUCCUGAAAUGAGACAGAUGGAGGAACAGUUCACCACUUAUGACUUCAAGAAGAUGCAGCGACGCUCCUACUACCCUCAUAAUCAGCAGAUUGUCUCGACCGUGACGGCGACGUCAUCUACGGGCAUGACCGGCGUACCCUCGCGUCCCGUAACUCCCGGAGACUUCCAGAGCGAACAAGGGCUGACGGCGAAUGGUGCCGCCAUCGGUGUGGCAAGGACGACAGAUGAAUUCAACGAGUCAGAUGGCCACGGGAUAAGCAUGAAUAGACUGCCGAUAUCUGAGAAGGAGUACUCAUAGCCUUCGCGGUCUACCUUAUCUCUGCCAACUUCAUGUACACACGCGCGGGACUUACUGGUCAUUCUCUCAGCACACGCCACAUACCCCUUCACUGUUACGAUCUGGUUUCGUCACAAUGCUUUUCUUAUUCCCUUUGGCAUGCUUUGCAUAUCGUGUCUUUUCCUACUUCUGUGUCAUUUUUAUAAUACUCUCGCCGGAGCUCAUCUUGAGGGGUUUUGGGAUUAUUUCAUAUCCGGAUCACAGAGGAUAUGUCGUUUGUGGGAUCCGAGUUACACUAUUUCUAGCGGACUGCUCGGCUGCUGUGGACUGAGCGUCAGUAAUACCUUCAUUCCAAACGUUCGCUGGUUCAUCACGAUCUCUCCAUCACACGUUGCGAUUGUGCUAUAUUGUAAUUGCUUGCGCAGCAGUAAAUUGAUACUGUGGCCCGCACUGGAGUUUGCGC